AAAAAAAACGCCAAAAAGAUACAUUUUCCCUUUUUAUUUUGAAGCCCGUUUGAUUUUUUUUUGUUCUUUCUUAACCUUUUCACCCAACACCCCGAAUGUCAUCUCAACAAUAUGAUCACGUCACUAUUGCUUCUGCACCAGGCAAAGUCUUAUUAGCUGGUGGUUAUUUAGUAUUAGAUCAACAAUAUACUGGUUUAGUUAUUGGUACAUCUGCUCGUUUUUAUACCAUUAUUCAUAACAAUAAUAUUCAAGGUACUAUUAAUGUAUUCUCUCCUCAAUUUGAACAAGCUACUUGGAACUAUACCGUUUUUUCAGAACAGUCUCAGUUGAACUUUAUUGCAAGUGAAACUGAUUCUCCCAACAAAUUUGUACAAACCUGUUUACAAUUUACUUUGACUAUCAUUCUUCAACUUAUUGGUUCUAAUCAAUUCAACAAUAUAGUAAAUAAAGGAAUGGAUAUCUCUAUUAUUGGUGACAAUGACUUUUAUUCUCAACGUGAAGAAUUGGAAAAGUUGGGUUUGUCGAUCAAAAAAGCCAGUUCAAGAGAAAAGUUGACUCCCUUUUGUGAUACUCAUGCAACAUUAGGUACUGUGAACAAGACUGGAUUAGGAAGCUCUGCUGCUUUGACAACAUCUUUAGUUGCAGCUUUGUUUUUAUACUUUGAUGUAUUCAAGAAUUUGGAUCAAGAAAAGGAUUUGACAUUGGUUCAUAAUGUAGCUCAAUAUGUUCAUUGCUUUGCUCAAGGAAAAGUUGGCUCUGGAUUUGAUGUAUCUGCUGCUGUUUAUGGUAGUCAUCGAUAUCAACGUUUUGAUCCUACUAUUUUGACUCCCAUCAUGGAUGAAAAUGUGGAUCCCAUUGAAUUGACUAAAUCAUUAUCAGCUAAUAACAAAAGUUGGGAUAAUAAGGUUGUUUCGAUCGAUAUGCCUCCACAAUUCCAAAUGAUCUUGGCGGAUAUUGAUGCUGGUAGUCAUACCCCUACUUUGGUCAGCAAAGUGUUGAAAUGGCGUAAGGACAAACCGGAGGAAGCAACCGCACUUUGGAAUGAACUGGGUGCCUAUAAUACAAAGGUGGAACAACAUUUCCGAGAACUGAAUUUAGUCGCUAUGCAUGAUUCUUCAACUUACAACAGUACCUUAGCUCGAUUGGCUGAAUUACCAGCAACAAAGUGGAUUAAGAAUGAAAAUGGAAACAAGGUGGAGCAAUUGAUGAUGGGCUUAGUAACCGAUUUUUGCAAGGUCAGAGAACUAUUACAGAAAAUGAGUGCUGCCACUGGUGUCCCUAUUGAACCUAUCGAACAAACCAAGUUAUUAGAUCAAUGUAUGGAAGUACCUGGUACCAUCAUGGCCGGUGUACCUGGAGCUGGAGGAUAUGAUGCCAUUUUUUGUAUUGUUAUAUCUGAAAAAGCAAAACAAGGUGUACGUCAAGUAUGGGAACAAUGGUCAGGUUGUAGCGUAAGCCCAUUAUUAUGUCAAGCAGAUUCCAAUGGUGUGACAAUGAUAAAUCCCGCCUCUCCAAUGGGACAAGUGUGUUUACGUCGCUCAUAGUUAUUAUUAUUAUUAUUAAUAGUUUAUAAAAAAAAAUGUUUGAUUUAUUUUAUUAUCCCUUGAAUCAUUGAUAUUGUUUAAUAUAAAACAGUUUUUGAAGAGAA